AUGGGUAACGAUGCUCAUGGUCGCAAAGGUACAGAAUGUAAAAAGCACAAGGUCCGGUGCGACCAGUCUCCGGGACAAUCAAGCUGCGCACGGUGUAGAAAAUAUGGCUAUCGCUGCGUUAGCAGUAACAAGUUGGAGAGGAUCAUUGAAGACGAUCAAGACUGGAAGAAAGAGGCCGACAGCAAUAUCGUUCAACUUCAAGCUGCUGUGGCAGAGCUACUCCAACAAAAUGGCCUGCCACCUCUGUCCUCCUUCCCUACAGGUCGUACGGACCUGAGCAACCACGACCGACCCAGGCUGGGCUUUGCUACUGCAGCUGCUGUGAAGGACGGUCGAGAUGUCAGAACUCGCGAGACCUCACAGGAGCCAGCAACAGAGCAGGAGCUUGUCUCUGCGCCCAUGCGCAGUCUGUUCGAGGUCACGAAAUUGAGGAACAUCCGAAGUGACGUGCCUCAACACCGGAUCGCGCGGACGCCGGAGGAUGACUUGAUCUCUCGUGGCGCUCUUCCUCACCAUGUCGCCCGGGAACUGUUCUCUUUCUUCGACACCACCAUGAACCACAUCUUGUGGGGAGGAAUUGCUCUCGUCCACCGGGAUCUGGAGUCUGCUCGGAGAUCUUCUUCCCUACUUUGCGCAGCCAUCCUGGCCGUGGCGGCGUUGCAUAUCCCACAAGGGGACGAGAUCUUUGAGUUUUGCUAUUCUGAGUUUGUCUCCCUCGUCUCCGGGUCCAUCAUUUAUCGCGACCACAACCUGGACGAUAUUCGCGCUCUCUGCAUCGGUGCUUUCUGGCUAUCAGAUCUCAGCUGGAAGCUCUCUGGUGUAGCCGUGCGAAUUGCGACCGAGCUGAACCUCCACCAAGCAUUCCACAGGAUGCAGCGAGGCGAGCCCGACCAAUACGAGCGAGCCCAGUUGUGGUAUCUGCUGUACGUUUGUGAUCAUCACUAUAGCAUUGCAUAUGGUCGCCCUCCCGUCAUACACGACAAUGCCGCAAUCAAAGGCUAUGAAACCUUCUUGAGCGCUCCCAUGGCUGGGCCUGCAGAUAUGAGACUGAUGGCUCAGGUGGCUCUGUUCAUUGUUCUGACCAAUGCAUAUCAUACCUUUGGGUCUGACAGCCAACAGCCGUUGACUGAGGAGGAUUUCAAUACUUUGAGAGUAUUCUGCUUGGAGGUGGAAGGGUGGCGGAUGAAAUGGCAGCCCAGGAUAGCACCGAACCCAUACGUUGGCAGUUACCCGUCCAAAGGUGUGGUGCUGCAUUACCAUUUCGCCAAGUUACAGCUCAACUCUCUUGCUCUGAGGGCGAUAUCGCCAAACCAUCAAUUCUCUCUCGAUCGCAGGGAGGCGGCCAACUCAGCGAUUGCCUCCGCCAUGUCCACGAUGAACUUGGUACUCCACGAGCCGGAUAUCCGCAACGCUGUGGCGCGAGUGACCCUGUUCAAGCAUACCAUGAUCGCCUUCGCUGCAGUGUUCUUGCUCAAGGUCGUGUGGAGUUGGAACUCGGCAGCGCUCAACAUCGAAAGGCGGCAGGUUCUGGAGCUUGUUCAGGCCGUGGUGGAUCUGAUGUCGAGUGCUCAAGCCAGUCGAAGACAUUUGUGCCGCCAUAUUGCCACCGGAUUGAGCAAGAUGAUAUCCAGAUUGAAGUCGAGACCCUCGUCCCAGUCACGACAUGACGGAGACAACGCCGUCAGCAUCCCAGCAAGCAUAGACGACGACUCUUAUGGGUCCAUAAGUGAAAAUGUCUCCGAUGCGUUUGGGUUUGAAGACGACUGGAUGCUCACUUCGUCCAUUGACCCAUUUUGCUUUUCCAUCACAUGA